AUGCCUCCCAGUACUGAGGAUAACAUUUCGACUCUGUCGGUGGUCUCCCAUGAUCCCUCACCGGACACAAUCACUAGCCUCGUGAGGCGUGUCAAGAUCAUGACCUUGAAGCUACUUCCCGUCGAAGUUCCCCUGGAUAGCAUUAGCGAUCCUACCAGCCGCAUUAUUACGCCGCAGGUAAUAAAUGCCUACAUGGAUGCGGCGGGAGACUUCAUGGAAGCGUUGCCGUACUGUUUGUUGCGCGCACGAAAAGAAUUCGUAUACGAGGCCAACCACAAUCCGGCUGACUAUGACGAAAACCAAGGCAGAGCCACCGCUUGUGAGGUGCUCGCUCGGCGCGUCGUUCACCAGGCUCCGCCGGAGAAGAUCCCCGCUAUCAUGUCUAUGCGCUUCCGUCACAAGGAGAUAGACGGUGAUGUGAGCGGCCGCAUAAGUGCGCUUGAGAUGGCUAUCGACUCGCACUGCACAAUAUUUCUGUCUUCGAGCGAAGCCCAAGAUGGCAAGUAUUUCAUUGGCAUCAUACAGGACCUCUGGAGUGGGCGCACAGUACAGGUUUACGAUGAUGACGGCUCCGUCAGCUUUGUUCCGUAUAGCGAGGUCCUAUAUGACGGCUUCUGGAGUCACCUCACACCAGCCCGGCUGGGUGUCCCUAGGUAUCAAAACAUUUUCCGGAUCGCCGUUUGGUUCCUCUUCCUAUUCUCCUACUCUCAGGCAGUACGGGAACCUCUCGAUAAACUGAACCGAGACCACGACGAUCUCGACGAAUGGGAGAUCGUCAUGUACGUCCUGGCACUGGCAUUCUCUCUGGAAGGCAGGCCCAUACCAUGCCCUAUUUACAAGAUCCUCAAGCUCGUGUCUUGGCGCGCAUUUGGCUUCUGGCACAUCGUCUCAACCACCAUAGACAUCCUACUCACCGUUGCAUUCACACUACGCGUAGUUGGGCUGGCGUCGGCGGGAGACCAGUCUCUGUCCUUGCGUCUACGGAGUUUCCAGUGCCUGAGUUUCGCUGCGCCACUUCUUUGGACCUAUUCUGACGAAUUCUCAGAAUUGAUACCCAUCUUCGACGGCUAUAAGUUCAUCGGAACAAUGCAGAUUUGCGUCGCUCGUAUGCUCAAGGAGUCCGGGUUCUUCUUUUGCCUGCUGGCCCUCCUCGGCAUCGGCUUCUUACAAGGCCUGUAUGCCCUGGACGCUGCUGACGGCCAAACGGACCACCCUACGGAGAUCCUGCACGGCUUAAUUCAAGCCCUGUUGCAGUCACCGAACUAUGACAUGUUCAAGGCCUCACCGCUUGGACUUGCGCUAUACUAUCUCUGGAAUGUGGCGACAGCCGUCGUAUUGCUCAACGUCCUCAUUUCCCUCUUCUCGUCUGCAUACGAGGAUGUGGUAGAGGACGCAGCAGCGGAGUACUUGACCUACUUCGCAGGCAAGGUGAUCAGUAUGAUCAGGGCGCCGGAUGAGUUCAUCUACCCGCCGCCGUUCAACAUCCUCGAGAGCUUCUUCAUCGCACCCCUUGAGUUCUUCGUGAGCUCGAGGGUGUACGCGAAGAUCAACCGCUACGUGAUGCUCACGAUAUUCUUCCUCCCGCUCUGCAUGAUCGCGCUGUACGAGGCGCAGUUGGACCCGGCGAAGAACCACUGGAUCAAGGACUGGUUCAGCUCGCCGGACGAGGGCGGCGAAGACGCGCCGCACUACCAGGACCCGGAGGUGACCGGGGCGGACGCCGCGCGCGGGCUGAAGAUCAGCAAGAAGCAGUUCAAGGAGAUCAUCGCGGCGUUCCCGGAUACCACACAUUCGGGAGAGGCGGUGAUCAUCUCGGAGGUCAAGGAAUUGAAGGCGGAGGUGGCGGAACUGAAGCAGAUGAUCGCGGCGCUGACCGCAAAGCUCAGCUGAGCUCCCACACUGCUAGAGGCUGAGGUGACGGCGCAUGCUGCACAUCUACCCAUCCACAGUGCCUUCAUUUACGACGGACACCACAAC